UACUCACACACUCACACACACUCUCAUACCCGAUAUAUAGCGUGACAGCUGGAUAAUGUAGUGUAGACUAUAAUGCCACUGUAAUUUCAAAAUUGUACUAGGUCUUUAGGAGAAUAUUUUACACACACUUGAGUGUAACACAGGAGUUUAGAUAUUAUGUAUGACAGUUCCAGAGAUGACAUUUCAAUGGAAGCCGAAUAUGCAAAUUGGGAGAAACACCAUCACCAGAGCAUAAACGAGCAGGGACUUCAACCCUCAGGGUCUGGAUCUUCUCAAGGAGGCGAUGGGACAUGGAGCAGAUAUUCCAGGUUGUUGGCAGUGUUUGCAGUGUGUGUAGCACUGCUGUGUGUUCUCCUGCUGAGCUUCACUAUAGUGCAGUCUGUGAAACUCAACAGUAUGACCGGAGAAAGAGACCGGUUGCAGAUCAGUUAUGACAACGUGAGUGUUGAGAGAGACCAGCUUCAGGCUGAGAGAGAUGAAUUGCAGAAGUGGAGUAAAAUAUGUAAUUGUACCAUCCAGCAGAGUCUAAAGUAUUUCAUCACAAAGAGGACGAGCUGGAACAAUGCUAGAGAGGAAUGCAGAUCGAAAGGAGCUGACCUGGUGAUCAUCAACAGCCGAGAAGAACAGGUAUAUAUCAGUAAAAUGUUUACUGGUGAGGCUUGGAUUGGUCUACAUGACACUGUUCAGGAAGGGAAGUGGAUGUGGGUGGACGGUACAGAAGUGACCACAGAAUUCUGGUGGACAGGAGAACCUAAUGACUACGAUGGAAAAGAGGACUGCGCUGCAACUGGCAGCAAAUUUGCUAAAGCUGAACUUACAACGUGGGCUGAUUAUUCAUGUGAAACUGAUUUGCAUGCAAUUUGUGAAAAAAGGGCAAAUAUUUAGAGCAGUUUUAUUUCAAGAAAAAUCAGUAUUUUGUUAAUCAGGGUCAACAAAGCCAUGGUUUAAGCCAAAUACAUCUAGUUUUGUGAAAAGAUAAUCUUGCAGGAGAGUGGUGAGUUUUUUAAAGUAAAUAAACUGAAAUCAAUAAAAUCAAAUUCUGCAAACUAAAUGAAAGGAAAGGGGAAGAAUAAUCGUGAUCAUUGUCGUACCAGGAAAUGAUAAAAUGAGAAAUUACAGUGAAAAAAAUAAAGUCAGUCUCUCUUUCCCGAUGUUAGGUUAGUUUCAGGUUUUUUUGUGCAAGACCUAUGUAAAUAAGCCAGAUGUUGCUGGGCUGCACAUUUCUUUGAGACCAGACAACCCUGUUUUUCCCACAGUCUCAUUUUCCCACAUUUUGACCAAUUAGGUUUCCUAUGUCAUCAUCACACAUUGCUUUUUUAUUUCUGUGUUUUUUCCUUGAGCUUCUCAUUAAAUGAUGAAUUCAAAUUACUAAAA